ACUCUUCCACUGUGUGGCUUCAUAUAAUAAUUUAUUAUUAUUAUUGAGAACAUUUGUGGACACUAUAGCAUUACUGUCUGUGUAUGUUUUACAUGCAGACUUUCAGAUACCUUCACUAAUACACCCCUCGAGGUUUAAUUUGUUUUACCAAACAUUUGUUCUGUAAACAGCUGAAAUGAAAAUUAAAUUCAUAUUUCUUGCACUUUUGCCUCACACACUAACACGCUCCUCUCUCUCUCUCUCUUUCUCUUUCUCUCCCCUCUUCUUCACUCAGUCCCGGAUGUUCCGUGAUUGGUUCACAACUCACGUCCAUUAAAACUGUGGGGGCGGGACUCAAACAAUCCACUCGUGUUCACUGCACUGUGCGCCACAGCGGACCCGGAGCAGGACAGGCAGUAGUAACGGCAGCGGCUGUGUCCACACUGUCACCGGAAGCCAGCUCUUCUCAGUGUCCGACGCUGACAAGUGUGCGUCUCCACAGUCCUGACAAGUCAGCAUCUGCAUCACAGCUCAAGGCGUUCGUCGAUCGAACCCAGAAAAUUGUUUUUGCGUCUGGAGGAAGAGAGAGGGGGAGUGAGAGAGAGAGAGAGGACGCGUUUCCGACUGUAAAGGCAAGUCUUCACGGGUCGUGAGGUCGGUGGUGUUCACCCGAAUUUCCUCGGACGCACAAAAGACGCACCACCUCCCUUCAAGUCCACUUGGAUAGCUGACUAAGCAGUAGGAGCAGCAGCAGCAGCAGCAGGGUCCUGGUCCGGUUCGAGGUCCUGCAGGGAGGGAGAGACGCUGAGGAGUGAUAACGCGUGGAAGAAAGGAAGCACAGGAGGAUAAAAGGAAGGAAGGGAAGGACCUAAGGAGCGAGAGAGUCUGGUGGAGAAGACAGGAUGAAUCUGAAGAGUAAUUUGAUUUUCACCCUCUACACCGUUUAUGGGAUUCUUCUCAAAGUGAUGGCUUCAAAAGGCAAAGUCCGAGGCAUCAGCGGGCAGUACCCUCUGGUUCAGAAUGUGACGGUGACAGAGGGCGGGACGGCAAACAUGACCUGCCGUGUGGAGUAUAAUGACAACACCUCCCUCCAGUGGUCAAAUCCGGCACAGCAAACGCUGUUUUUUGGGGACAAGAAAGCUUUAAGAGACAACAGGAUUGAACUGGUGCGUGCGUCCUGGUCAGAGCUGACCAUCAGCAUCAGUGAUGUCACACUGUCCGAUGAAGGCAUGUACACCUGUUCUCUCUUCACCAUGCCUGUCAGAACAGCCAAGGCGUACCUGACUGUCCUCGGUGUACCACAGAAGCCAGAGAUCGAUGGCUUAACAAAGCCUGCAGUGGAGGGUGAUCACAUCACACUGACCUGUAUGACUUACGGCAGUAAGCCCGCCGCCGACCUGCGCUGGUUCAGGAAUGAGAAGGAAGUGAAAGGUGCCAAAGAGGUGAACGCAAGUGGGAAAACAUUUACAGUACGCAGCUCUCUGCAGCUGCACGUGGACAGGAAUGAUGAUGGAGUGGCCUACACCUGUAAAGUGGACCAUGUGGCGCUGGCGCAGACACCGCAGCAGGCCACAGAAGUGCUGGAGGUCCACUACGCUCCUCGUGUGGAGAUCGUCCAUUCCCUGGCGGUUCCUCAGGAGGGUCUGUACCUAAAGCUGGAGUGUGUGUCGAAAGGAAACCCUUCGCCUGAUCCUGUGAUGUGGACAAAAGACGGCGGUGAACUUCCUGACCUGGACAGGAUGAUCGUAGAAGGCAGGGAGCUCACCUUCACCUCUCUCAACAAGACAGACAAUGGCACCUACCGCUGUGAAGCCACCAACCACCUAGGGACCAGCAGUGCUGAAUAUGUCCUCUACGUCUACGACGCCCCCACCACCCCGCCACCAUCCACCACUCACCCCCCACAUCCCAUACCUCCAGAUCCUACUGCACUAUUAGGCACCCACGCCUCAGACCACACAGUCACUGGCAACAGAGAUCCCAACGCUCUGGGGCAGCACGGCACAGACCAUGCCCUGAUUGGAGGAGUGGUGGCAGUGGUGGUCUUUGUUACCCUGUGUUUAAUCAUUGUUCUGGGGAGAUACCUGGCCAGGCAUAAAGGAACAUACCUGACAAACGAAGCCAAAGGAGCGGACGAUGCGCCCGACGCCGACACAGCCAUCAUCAAUGCUGACGGCAACCACGCACACGCAGAGGAAAAGAAAGAAUACUUCAUUUAGACUGCUGAGGGGGCUGUGCCGCUCUCCUCCCCCCCUCCCUCCUCCUCCCCUCCUCGGGUCUCUGUAUCUCUUUUCCCCCCUCUCCUCCUGCUUCACCCUCUCUUCUCCACCUCUGACCACUGCCCCGUCGUGACUACAAGAAACCUGCAGGCAGUCUACAGAUAGAGAAGUUUCCCAAGUUUCUCCUAUUGCCUUCUGUUGGGGCCGUUUCUCUCAUUUACAGCCGUUUUUUUUUUCCUUUUGUCUUUUGUUUCCGUUUUGAGACGCAGCUAGCGUCGGCCGCCGAAGCGUUUCUGAAAAUCCCUGUCGUGACUGCUUCUCACACGUCCGCUCGUUAAUUCUUCUCUCUGGUUUCCUCUCCAGCACACACACACACACACACACAAACACACACUCCUGUCCCCUUUUAUUCUCACAUGUCCACACACAUAUCAUGUUUCCCGUCAACACGGUGCCUAAUAAUACAGACGCCAUUGAACUUCUGCCAUUGCCUUCCUGUAUCGUCUGUCAGUAGCAGUGUAGAUGCUUCUUAGGUGGGUGUUUCAGUUCAUCGCUUACACACGGGGUCCGUUUGGUUUCAUGAAGAUCUGUGCUGUUUACGCCUUAUACAUAUCUAUCACACUAAUUAUGGUACUUUUAGAUGCUCCACCCCCCCGACCCGCCCCCUCUACAAAGACUUGUAACUAAAUAGUUGACCCUUGUAAGAUAAGAAGAAGGUUUUUGUGUGACACUGUAGUAUGAUUUGUCAGAUGUGUAUAUUAUGAGUUUCAUUAUUAGGAUAGGGUUAAUAAAAGGUAUCGUUGGUAUCGAUUAGAGCAGAGAAUACGCACCAAAAAUAUACGAAAGACACUAGACCAAGCAUUCCAUCGAGUCCACUGGACCAGUUCUAUAAACCCAUUUGCUGAACCUGCUGCUCAUAUGUAAUUUUGUCUAUAUAUCUCUGCACUGUUCAGGCUGCAGUUCAGCAGAACACAACUCCUCUGUUGUCCUAAUGACGGCGUAUAAUAGUUGUUUUUUCCCCCCAUUAAAGGUUCAGGUGUUUGCUACUGUCAAUCUUCUCUCUCUAAAAGCUGUAAAGAAAAUAAAAUCGUAGUGAUGUCAUUUUUAGCUUCUCACGUUGAAGGUUUUGUUUAUAUUUAUGUGAUUUUUCUUAAAAGCCUGAAGAACCCUGUGAAAUGUAAACUGAUCCAGUAAACAAAUAAAAACACCGACAGUUACAGUAUGUACAGGAAACUUAAAUCUGUCCGUCGCUACUUCAUCUCAGCUAAUCCCACCUCUAAAGCCUGGAGUCCAGGCUCUACGCAGUGAAAAGUCGUUCAUUUUAUUACAUCACACGGUUCUGUUCCUCUUCCUGCCCUUCUCUUAGACACACGGACAAAUCUCAUUCAAGCAAAACACGUAGGGUUGUAGAAUGUUAGUGCCGGGAUUUUUCCUACUUUAAAAACUGAAAAAAGAAGCACAAAAUGAACUAAGUAGGUAAUUUUAUUACUUUUCCAAAUAAGAGAUCAUCUUUCAAAUAACGAUGGGAAAAUAACAAGCCUGUCUUAGAUUUAGUUCUGGGGGAAAUAUACGAUGUAUUUCUUAUUCAAAUGUAAGCUAAUACAUGACUUUUUUUAUUUUAAUUUUAUAAUUAAAAUGUUUGUUUGAAAUGGUUUGAAGCUCCCUGCUGUAUAUUGUGUCUGCAAAAAUGUAGUUGAUUGUGAAAAUUGCUGUUUUGGAUUCUGAAUUCAUUUAUUCCUACAAGAUUUGUAUAUUAGCACCAAGAUCAGUUUUUACUUUGCUUUCUCCCCAUUUUUAUUCCUUUCAUCAUCCAUUGUUUUGGUUUUUUUAGAGUUUUUUUAAUGUAUUGCGUUUUGGCACAAGGCAUGUAUAUAAUGUGUGAGAACUAAAGUUUGGUAAUACACA